CACCAACAGACGGGCGUUCGACAAUUUCGUCACCAGUAUCACAAUACAGGGCCCUUUUCUCGCCAAUCACACAAUAUCCCCUUGUACAUCGGCAUCAGGGGAUUCGCUUCCUGGGGUACAGCCGUUGUUGGGGAUCGCGAUCAAUUUUAUAACAGCCCCAGGCGAGCUCCGGGCGGAGCACCUUCGGCGGGCGCUUGGUGGGGGACGAGCCCAGCUUCCGGUCAUUGCCUGGCCCCAUCGCUCAUCUUUACCCGUCUUUUGCUUCAUCACGACUUUCCAUGAAAUAAAUUCCCAGGAGACGACCGAGAACGAGAGCCCCUGUUGCGAAUAUCAUAUCUGGGCCCGGAACUCACAAUGUCUUCAGCACCCACCAUCAGAGCCGGCGGACCCCCCGGCAAGGCCAAACCCAAGCGGAAGCCAAACUCGGUCCGCCGGAUCAUGGAACAGGAGCAGCGUGUCCGGGAGAAGUCUGUAGCGUUGGCCUCGUCCGCGGGCGCCCCGGCUGCGAAGCCAGCAACAUCUGGCGCGGUGUGCAACAAUCCGGAGUGCGACAAGUCAGACGUCCGUGACGGAGCCUGCCAGAACUGCGGCCGCGUGGUGUGGGAAAGCAACAUUGUCGCCGAAGUCACGUUUGGCGAGAGCGCCAACGGUGCUGCUGUGGUGCACGGUAGCUAUCUCGCAGCAGACCAAGGCUCAGUCCGGCCGACCGCGCCUGGUUUAGCUUUCCGCCGUGUUGCCGGCGCAGGCGCGAGCGAGGCCCGCGAGCGGAGUCUCAGGGAGGCCAGGCAGCUCAUGAACCAGUUCGCGCACCAGCUGCAAAUCGCACCCCACGUCGCCGAGAAAGCAUUCCAAGUGUACAAGUUUGCUUCCAACAGCAACUUCAUCCAAGGCCGUCGGAAGAAUACCGUGGCGGCCGUCUGUAUUUAUGCAGUAUGCCGGAAGGAAGACAACAACAAGGUCAUGCUGAUCGACUUGGCCGACAUCAUCAAGACCGACGUCUUCCUGCUCGGCCGCAGCUACAAGGACUUGCUCAAUGCCCUGCCCGACAUGAAGGACGGCACCAAACCCAUCAUCAUCGAGGACCUCAUCUUUCGCUUCGCUAGCAAGCUCGAGUUCCUCCACGACACCAACAAGGUAGCCCUCUCCGCCAUCCGCAUCGCUCAGCGGAUGCGCCACGACAACAUCACCCAUGGCCGUCGACCCGCCGGUAUCUGUGGUGCCGCCUUGAUCAUGGCUGCACGAGCCCACAACUACCGCCGCACGGUCCGAGAGGUUGUCUACAUUGCCAAGGUCACCAUGGCCACCUUGCAGGAGCGCAUGGAGGAGUUCGCCAAUGUACCCUCGGCGCAAAUGACGGUUCGGGAUUUUCAUGAAGCCAAGUCGCUUCCGGAGGCUUCGCAUGACCCUCCGUUUGUCUACAAGCAGUCCAAGGAGUGGCAGGAAAAACACGGCAAAAGGUCGAAGAAGAGAAAAGCAGGCUCCAUCAGCAGGGACAGCAGCCACCCAGUCACAGCACCGGAACAAGACAACCCUGAAAAACGCCAGAGAACAGAGGCAGCCCAGCCAGAGGUUGAUUCCGUUCCGAUUGACCCAGCACUCCGGGACCAGAGUGCGUCCUCUGCAGCCACUGAAACACCCGCUCCCGGGGUGGAUGGAGAUGGUUUCGCGGUCCCGUACCGGAGACCCACCCAGGAAGACCUUAGCAUCGCCAACGCUGCGACGGCAGAGGUGGAUGGGCAGCUCGAGAACCUGGCCAACGAGUUUGGCGAUCCCGAGGACGAGGAGGGAUCAGAGGAAGUGGACCCGAGCAGCGAGAUAGCCAUGGCUGCAGCUCAGGGUAUCCAAAUACCCGGCAUGGAGAAUAUGAAGAUCAAGCAGAGGGGGGCGGCCGGGAACGGGGCCCGGACCGCAGCAGCCGGGGCCGGCAGAAGCAGAAAGAAGCCGACCUUGCCCAUUGACGAGGAGUGGGAGCUGGAUGAGAACAACCUUGAGAAGGAGGUGCAAGGACACCUUGAAGAUCCCGCAAUGAUUGGCGCUUCUGCCCUUGUGCGGCAAGACAUUGAGCAGCGGCGGGAGCAAGAGGAGAGGGCCCAAGCACGUCGGUCACUUCCUCCGCAGCCCGAGGCCCAAAGGGAUAGCUCCGCCCCUCCUGAAAGGGCCGAGACGAACCAACAAACCGACUCUGCCCCCAUCAACCCCUGGGUUACCCCUCGAUCCAAAGUUUCGGACGAUCCGAUUGUCCACGAGGACGAGUUCAAGGACGAUCCGGAGGUCAUGUUCUGCAAGCUCCCCGAGAAGGACGUGCUGCUCAAGGAGAUGAUCUGGGCGAACCACAACAAGGACUACAUGCGCAAAGUGCAGCAGAAGAUUUUUGAGGCCAAGGUGUCGCAGAACAACCCGCCCAAGCCGAAGCGCAGCAGAGCCCGGAAGCCGCGGAUCGGGGAAGGCCAGGCGACGCCCGCCGGGUCUGCCACCGAGGCGGCGCAGAACAUGCUACGGACGCGGGCCAUCAGCACCAAGCUCGACUACUCGCGCAUGGGCAACCUCUUUGAGUUCUCCAAGUCGGGGCCCGGCAGCACCUACGGCGGCGCCAGCUCCGUCGGCAGCCGCAGCGCGCUACCUAGCAGCGCUGGGAGCGACGCCGGCAGCGACGCCACCGGGGAUGACGGUGCCCGAGCUACGACGCCGGCCACGACCGCGCCCACGGAUCCGGCCACUGCGCGUGAGAGGGUUGCCAAGGCGCUCGCCCCUCCCGAGGAAGACGAGCAGGAGCAGGAGGAGGAGGAGGAGGAGGAAGAAGAAGAAGAAGCUGGUGGAUUCGAUGAAGAAGAGGCCUUCCAAGAUGAUAACUACGGCGAGGAGGACUUUGACCCAUUCGGGGAUCACAAUGGCGAAGAGGAUUAUGAGGAAUGAAGAGAACAUGGGGACCGCCAUUUUGUAAGGUAAUUACUGGGAAUCUGGAGUUCAUGGGCAUACGGUUCUGGGAUGGCUUGGGCUCUGUUCCGAUACCCACUAACGUAAACAUGUUGCAUUCCAUAUUAUAUAGAGUGAUGCUGUGGGCGACCAUUAGAGGUGUCGUACGUGACGUCGCCUGGCGCAUAACAUAAUUGAGGCUCUCGAACCAGAACGAUGCUCUCGGGCCAAUCGUUCCUGCUCGGGGUGAAGGUGCA